GAGGCUACAUCCUCACAUGUAGUAUGCAUUGCUGUGCCUCUGCGCUCAAACCCCAGGCUACAAACACAUGUAUACAUAGCUCACAGUGGAGGUUCUACUGGGUAGCUCUCAUUGCAUCGUGUCCUUGCAUUUCUGACACGACACUGUAGAUCAGACAUAGACAGCCAGUGUUACAAAUAAGGUUAUCCAGGCAGUCGGAAGGAUGCCAUACGCCAGAACCUGGCUGGAACUCUUGUCUCUGUUUCAUCUUACAACGGUUCCUAAGCAACCUCCACCUUACCAAGCGAGUUCCCCCAUCCGGGCUUAACAACACUGUGUAAACUUUGUUUCACCUUGGAAAGAUGUACGGUACAACUGGUUCCCAGAGAUUCGGAAGAGGUGUUAAAGGAGCACAGCUCUGCUCUGGGAACCCGACCUCCCCCAGGCAAAGCAAAGCCCAAAGCAAAGUGGACCGCCAUUCAGAAAAGGCCUUCAGGAUGGUCCCAACCUGCUCUGGCUGUGCUUCGAACUCUCAUACGUGUCCUCAGCACCCCCUGGCUGCCCAGCUACACACCUGCAGUCUCCGCCGGGCGCCGGGCGCUGAGCCCCUCUCCUGCGGCGACUCUCAGCAGUUGGGGAAGAAGAAAACUAAAACCCCAGGAAGCUCAGAACCUCAGAAACCCAGCGAUGCUGCCCUCCAAUGGCACACUCUCUUUCUUAUUAGCAGCUGUGGCCCAGAUGUUGAGUUUGAAAUUGUCCUCCCUUCAACACGGGGAUGGGUUGUUGUCCCUGCAGGGCUGACCACCAGCCAGACCUCAAGAGCACCUGGAAUCUUCUGGACAGAAAUUAAAAUGACAGCUACCAGAAAAUACAACACCCACCCCACCCCACCCCCACCGCCAAUGCAGCUGGCAAGACCCACGGGUGCCUCUGUCACUUGGCGGCACCUGGUCGCAUUCCAAUCACCGUAUGGCUCUGUUGUUUUCUCUUAUGAACAAGGCUAUGAGUAAAUAGCCCUGCUUCCCUUGGUUGCCUGAUGUCUUCAAAGAGCACCCUGCCCUGUUUUGACUUCCUCAUUUUAUAUUUAUUCCACAAUGUUCUAGAAAAAGGUCACCAGGAAAACCUUGAAUACCA